GAUCAGUGGGGUGUUUUAGGAGCAGAAGGAGUCAUUUCCAAGAUGUUUAGUGCCGGGCACCUCUACCUGGCGGUGUUCCUGUUGGCACCGCUAAGCCUGUGUUUCGCGCAGGAUACGCGACUGGUUUGUUACUUUACCAACUGGUCACCGGAUCGGGCGGGAGAGUAUUCGUUCCAAAUCAGCGACAUUCCGGUCGAUUUGUGUACCCACGUGACCUACAAUUUCGCUGCCGUCGAUUCGGAGAGCUUCGAGAUCAAGUCAACGAACCCCAACUUUGACAUUGCGCAGGAAGGAUUUAAGAAGUUUGCCGAGUUGAAGGAAUCGAACCCGGACCUGAAGCUCUCGGUGGCCGUCGGUGGAUGGGCGCACGGAGGUGAUGCAUUCCAUAAGAUGGUGUCCUCGUUGGAUGCCCGGCAAACCUUCAUCACCAGCGCGAUACGGUUCAUGGAGCGGCACGGCUUCGAUGGCAUUGAGAUCGUUUGGGUGUGGCCGGGAAGCCCAGAGCGCGGUGGCACUCCAAGUGAUAAGGAUAACUUUUAUCUGCUUGUGAACGAGAUGAAACGUGAAUUCCGCAGCGCUGGCCAUGGUUCGUGGGAAGUAGCGGUACAGGUACCGGUGGAUCGUUACCGAAUCAAUCUGGGCUACCAUCAAAGUCGCCUGUGCGAGGCUGCUGAUUUUGUACACAUCACCGGAUACGAUCUGCGUGGAUCGUGGAAUGGUUUCACCGAUGUGCACAGUGCCAUGGACAAUCGACCACACGACAAGGACAAUUUGAAGGACUACACCGUGAAGGGAGGUGUUCAGGAUUGGUUAAGCAACGGUUGUCCGGCGAGCAAGAUCGUCCUGGGUGUCCCACUGUUUGGCCGAACGUACACACUGGCGGACAGUGGAUCGCAUGGCCUAGCUGCACGCUCCAGCGGCCCCGGAACCCCUGGCCCUUACACGCGUGAUCCCGGAUACAGGGCUUACUUUGAAAUUUGUGAAGAAAUGAAACAAUCUACGUGGACCGUUGAGUGGGACGAGCAGGGCAAGUGUCCGUACGCGUUCGUGGGCAAUCAGUGGGUCGGAUACGAGAACAUCAAUUCGUUGGAUGAAAAGGUCGAGUUCGCGCAGUCCGAACGGUUGGCUGGAAUUUUCGCAUUUUCGCUAGAUUUGGAUGAUUACAGAGGAAAGUGUGGAGUAGCUUAUCCGCUGAUGAAGAAUAUCUUCCAAGUGUACCGGCCGGUUCGUGCACCGCUGUUCUCGGACGAUGACCCCGCUGAUUUCCCCGUCGUACGUGCCAAGUGAAAACUAUACGCCCGUUGUCAGGUUUUGAUGUUUAACGAACAGGGAAUGCGCUUCCCGAGCAUCACUUUCUAAUAAAAUGUUGCAGAUCUUUUCA